UCAAACCAUCCUUCUUACGGUAUAUCGCCUCCCAAAGCUUCCUUCUUUUAAUAUUAGCUCUUGUUCACCUCGCUUCUCUUCUUGUGCUAUAGUUCUAUCAACUCCAUAGAGCCAUCCAUUUCCACAUACCUUCAAAGGUGCUUUGGCAGUGCUUUCUACAAAAGGAAUGCUACUGUUGUGACUGACUGUCGGGGAAAAGCCACUAGGGUCACAAUUAAGAAGCAGCUGUUCUGUUCUCAUCUGCUAAAGCCUGGCAAUUUUCCAGGGGAAGAAAGAGAGGGAGGGAAAUAAAGAAGAUAAACUAAGCUUUCACUUGAAAACAUGAUUCAACUCAGGAAGGCAAGUGAAGAGACCAGAGAUUCCUCCAGCCCCAAAUCAGUAAUCACCUCCAGCCUCUCCGCCAUGGACCUAAAGACCCCAGCAUACCUGCAAGCUUCAUCUGUUUUCCCAUCUACCAGGAGGGAUUCUCUUCAAGGUGACUCGAGCUUUUACUGCAUCACCAAGGAGAAUCCCUUUGUAGACACCUUCUCUGAUCCUCUCUGCAAGCUCAACCUUAAGGAGACUUCAGAAUUUGUGAAGGCUUUCCCAAUGACCACCAAGAGCAGCAGUGAUAGCAGAGGCUUCCUUGAGGUCUCAUCUCAGAGGAGAAGACAGGGGUUGAGCUCAGUGGGGCAGAGAAGAUUGGAGGCUCCCUCCACUCCUGGCAGGUUUGUCUUCAGCUCCAGUCCUGGUCACCUCUCCGGGAAAAGCAUUCCUUCCAAGUGGGAUGAUGCAGAGAAGUGGUUGAUCAGUAGCUCCUGUCAUGAAUCACCAGCCCAUGGACCAAAACCAUCAGAACCAUCAAAGGUUUCCAGGCAAAACGAUGUCUUCCCCCAGAAAGGUGAUGCCUUUGCAGAGAAGGCGAGGCUCAGCGAGGAGAAGGCCCCAAGUGCCCCUGUCCCAAGCUUUCAUGGAACGGUGAUGCCUCUAGACGCAAAUGUAGCUUUUCAUGGAGCCUCAUCAGAAGUGCUUCUGAAAGAUAAGUUUACGGACAAUGUAGAACCAAUCUUCCAAAAUUUUCGGCAUUCGGAGCCCACCAAAGAAAGCUUUCUGUUCAAAAGCUCAUUCUGCGAACCCAUGAAAGAUGCGGCGACCGAAGUAGCUGCCGAGGUUCUUCGCAGAGAUGUUGGAACGGAGAUGACUCCUCUAGGUAGCUCGACCACGUCGAGAUGCCAUACUCCUAUUAAGAGCGCUUCACCAGCAAGACACAACACUCCAGCUAGCAGGUCUGGCCUUUUGGUGCCUUGUAACACCGGCAUUGAUAUCUCCGAACUCAAGGACUGCCACUUUGCCAAGCUUGAGCUCAGUGCUCAAUACGAUUCUUUGGUUUCAAAUUGGAGCUCAAGGGAAGAGGAGGAAGAGGAGGUGUCAAAGAGUUUAAGGCAUUUUGAGACAAGUGGUGGGAGGAAGAGCAUUGCUGAAUCCAGAGCUUCGGCAUGGGAAGAGGAGGAGAAGAACAAGCGCUGCAUCAGAUAUCAAAGAGAAGAAGCAAAAAUUCAAGCCUGGGUAAACCUUCAGAGUGCUAAAGCAGAAGCACAGUCUAGAAAGAUGGAGGUGAAGAUACAGAAGAUGAGAUCUAAUUUGGAAGAGAAGCUGAUGAAAAGAAUGGCAAUUGUUCAUAGGAGAGCUGAGGAAUGGAGAGCAGCAGCCCAGCUGCAGCAUUCGAAGCAGGUACAAAGAGCCUCAGAGCAAGCACAGAAGAUGAAGGCACAGCGCAGCUCUCAAUUCUCUGGCCCCACAUCAUGUGGCUGUUUUCCUUGUAACACCCCCCUUUAAAACAAACAUAGCGAAGACUGUUUCCUUUCCGUCCCAAAACCCGGAAGAAGAGCCCUUCUUCUCGCUAAAUGUUUCCAGAGCCUAAGAAGGUAGCGGAAGGGUCCCCUCAUGACUGGAUCUGGUCAGUUUCUUGCUUGUUUUAUUCAAAGGAAGAAAGCUGGCCUGAUGGGCUCUAAAUUUAUAUUUUUUUAAGCUUUGUGAGGAAGAGAGGAUUGAUGAUUUUUAGUAAUCACAGGCAAAGAUGCUGCUAUUUUCGUUGGCAAUGGCAUUUCUUGGACAAAGAAAGUGACGAGGGGAAAUAUUGUUGGGGGAAAUCUUAUUAUUUUUAAUGAGCUAAAUCCCUUUCAUUGUGACUGAAGUCAUUAGGCCAGGCAACAAUGUGCAAGUUAGGCAACUCAUCUAACCCCUUCCUUUAGAUGGAUUAGAUCCACUUUGCUAGUUUGUACAUUGUGAUAAAAACAAUGCAGGCUCUUUGACCAGGCAUCAACGUUUCUUCUUGUCAUCAAAGGAACAGGGCUCUAAGCUUUUAUGUUUCUCUAAUGAAAUUAAAUUUGCACACAUUGGCUUUA